AUGGCGAACGCGACACGUACCCUGCAGGUCCCUCAACAUGUCACUGCACUGCUCUCCCACCUCACCUCUCGCCCGGGCGUGCAAUCAACCUUGAUCCUCUCCCGCAAAGACGGCUCCAUCAUCCAAAGCACAGGACAGCUAGCAGGUUCAACCUCGGAAGAAAAUGGGUCCUCUCGCGCUCAAAUUCCUUCCUCCGAAUCGAACCCUCUCUCCGCUCAAUCCACCGACUCUUCCCCUGCCUCGCCCGCUCUUACCGCCCCCUCACAGUACCAGCCCUCUCAGACGGAGGCGCUAGCUGGUCAUAUCUUUGCUUUUGUGUCCAGUGCCUCUGCGCUGGGUGUUUCACUCUCGCGGCCUACUAUCGGCGAGGUUCCUACGGGGGAGGCUAGUCAGGAUUAUGGGAUAGGAAAGGGCACAACGCGCGAAGAGGAUCGUGAUGGAGAUGCUGGUGAUCGCGAAGAGGAUGACGAGGUGAAGCUGCUUCGGAUGCGCACGCGGAAACACGAGAUUGUUGUCGUGCCAGACCGGAAGUAUCUGCUUUGUGUUGUACAUGAUGCCGCUCCUGGGCCUGCGACGAGUGCGCGCUCUCGGUAA